AGAUAUCACAGUCAGUAACGUGUAACAACCUAGUCUGAUGCGAAAGUGAGCUUAAAGAAAUGUUAACAAAGUGAAUAGCGGUUUGAGGGCAAAUAUUGGAAGAUUUACACUGCUACAGAAAUAUAUUUUCCAAUAUUACUAAACUCAAAUAAAAUUUCGAAUGGAUGCACUAAGCUCAAAGCUAAUACUUCCAACAGGCUGUGAAAGAGCAGUUGGCUUACUAUGAACAAAAUGAAAUUACAAACAAACGAAUGUGGAAUGUGUGGCAGAAGUGAAACUAAUUCAAAUUGCUAGAGAGUGAAAUAUGGAGAAAGUUUAAUACUCUACGAAAUUGAAAAAAAGAACACAUAAUUUUACCUUGCCGACAAUGAAUGCACUAAUUAACAUAAAAAUUAGAUCGAAGUUUGUGGAAAAUUGAAGCAACUUAGACAUAAUUAAACGCGGCAACUUUUGCAAUUAACACAAGAAAAGCAAUUUACCUAAUAAACACUUAGAAUACUAAAAACUGCCGGCAAUUUAAAGUUGUAUGAAUUUGUAACAAAAUGGCGGUUGAAGCAGAAACAACAAGCAGCAAGUGCAUGGCAUAAUUUUACUGCCAACAUAAACGUAGUACGCCAUUAAACGCAAGCCGUUAGGUGCAUAUAUAGCAAUAACACUCAGACAACCGAGGAGCACAGAGCACGGGCAGCAGCAACGGCAGCAUCACUAGCUGCAGCAAGCAUAAUAAAUUCAGAGGGGCGCUACAUAGUGCCAUUAUGAUAAUGUUACUACGUUAUUUUCACUUGCUGGAAACCAAAACAACCGUACUUUACACACUCUUCCUACUGUUGGCAUGUGUCGGCGGCGGCGGCGGUAACAGCGGCUCAUUUGCCACUGCGGCAACAACAACACAUGGCGCGAACAAUCAAAAUGGCAGCACACGCAACUACAGUCGCAACGGACGUGAUAUCACUGCUUAUGGCGGCAGCAGCAGCUCUUCGGCGGUUUUUCGUGCGCUUGUCUCCGCCUCGCUAACGGACAACAACAAUCGUCUGCAAUCAGCCGCCGCAUUAGCGUCCGAAGAGAGUGGUUUGCCAAUGUUACUGGUAUCCUCGCCGAGAACAACGGCCUCACUGAGCGCAAAUAACAUAUUUCUGGGUCCAUCGCUCUCGUUGACCAGCAGCAGUGCCGCAUCUGCUACCUCCGGCGCUGGCUCAAUGUUACAAUCCGCUUCAUUGGCGGCCGGUGCUGGCAGUAGCAGUAGUAGUGGUGGUGGUGUCAGUAGUAGUGGGCGUAGCAGUCGUCAAAAUUCCGGUGCUGGCAUAACCAACAACAAUGUGAAUAGUCAUACACAUGGCGAUCAACUGCCAGCACAGUUAUCCUCGCGCAUAAUACACACACGUAACGGCGCCAUAUCUGGUGUUAUUGUGCAGCUUGAAGGUCGCCAUUUGGAUCCGGUGGAAGCGUAUCGUGGCAUACCGUAUGCUUCGCCACCUGUGGGCAAUUUACGCUUCAUGCCACCGGUUUCGGCGGCCAUGUGGUCGGGCGUUAAGAAGGCAGACAGAUUUAGUCCGGUUUGUCCGCAACGCCUACCCGACAUCGCCAACGAGACAGCCGCUUUAGAGCGUGUGCCCAAGGGACGGCUGGAGUAUUUGAAGCGUCUAUUGCCGUAUCUGCAAAAUCAAUCGGAAGAUUGCCUAUAUUUGAAUAUUUACGUGCCCAUACAAGUUGCAUCACGUGACGCUUCUGGUGGUGGCAAUAGCGGUAGCAAUGCUGGCUCAAGCAACAACGCAGGCAGUAGUAGUGGCGGUGGUGGUGGACAAAAUAAAUAUCCAGUGCUGGUGUUUGUGCAUGGUGAAUCCUAUGAGUGGAAUAGCGGUAAUCCGUAUGAUGGUUCGGUAUUGGCGAGCUUUGGGCAAAUACUUGUCGUCACUAUAAACUAUCGACUGGGCAUUCUAGGUUUCUUAAACGCCAAUACAGAUCGCUACUCAAAACUGCCUGCCAAUUAUGGCCUAAUGGACAUCAUUGCCGCAUUGCAUUGGUUGAAGGAGAAUAUCGCUGCAUUUGGUGGCGAUCCGCAGAGUAUUACGCUGGCCGGUCAUGGUACUGGAGCGGCAUGUGUGCACUUUCUCAUCUCCUCACUGGCGGUACCAGAAGGACUACUUUUCAACCGCGCCAUACUAAUGUCCGGUUCUGGCCUGGCGCCCUGGUCUCUGGUUAGCAACCCUGCCAAGUACGCGGCCAUUGUUGCGCAUCACGUGAACUGUGCACCCGAUCUAUCGCAUGCACAUCUCAUGAAGUGUCUGCGCGACAAGGCAUUGGAGCAGCUGCUGGGCGUACCCAUACGCCAGCCCGAAUUUGGUUUCGCUUUUGGACCAAGCAUUGAUGGUGUGGUCAUCGAUGGCGGUGACUAUGUACCACCAGCACCCGGCUCGGCAGCUGCACAAGCACAAGCCUCCACUGCAGCCGGUGGUGGGCUGGGUGGCGGUGCAGGCAUCGCCGCGGCGGGUGGUUGGGGCACACCGGGCCAGUUGGAGAAUAUCGUAUUAAUGAGGAAAUCUGCCAUUAACAAGUUGUCAAGAUAUGACCUGUUGGCUGGUGUGACACGUGCCGAGGCAUUUUUCUCCUUCAAUUCCGGCGACGUACAGUAUGGCAUUGAGGCGGAUCGUCGCUCGAAAAUACUAAAGGCCUACGUACGCAAUACGUACACAUAUCAUCUCAACGAAAUAUUUGCGACGAUUGUUAAUGAGUACACGGAUUGGGAGCGACCCGUACAGCAUCCAAUUAAUAUACGUGACGAAACGCUAGAAGCGCUCAGCGAUGCACAAAUUGUGGCGCCCGCUGCACAAACUGUCGACUUACACUCAGCGGAUCAUCGCAAUUCGUAUUUGUACGUCUUUGACUAUCAGACCAGAUAUGGAGAUUAUCCUCAGCGUCAAGGCUGCAUUCAUGGUGAGGAUCUGCCUUACCUGUUCGGCGCACCAUUAGUAGGAGGUUUCAGUCAUUUUACACGAAAUUAUACCAAAACGGAAAUCAAUCUUUCAGAGGUUGUAAUGCUCUACUGGGCGAACUUCGUGCGAACUGGUAAUCCGAAUGAUCAAAUGGAAGGUGAACAUCCCAGUAGUCGACAGGAGCGUAGUCGAUAUAAAACUAUUGAGUGGACCGCCUACGAAAGUGUACAUAAAAAGUACCUUAAUUUCGACACUAAACCCAAACUGAAGAACCACUAUCGCGCUCAUCGGUUAUCCUUCUGGCUGAACCUCAUACCCGAUCUGCACAAGCCAGGCGGCGAUAAUGUGCCAGCCGCACACCAUCAAUUGCUGGAUGACACCGAUGAUGACGUCGACAAUAAUAUUGCAAGUUCGAUAAAACCACUCAACCCACCUUAUUCACCGCAUGCUGGCAGCGCGGCGCUUGGCAAUUUCACUUUAUUCACUAAUCAAGUAUUCUCACUGCUGAAUCUCUCGUCACCUUCAUCGGCGCGUAAUGGCUCUCGUUACGGUGCUAAAAUGUAUGCUGGUGAUGAGAGCGGUGAAGCGCAUGCCGCCGGCAGUGGAUCGCCACCGGACGGACAAGACGGUUUCGCCGCGUACUCCACAGCGCUGAGUGUUACAAUUGCAAUUGGUUGUUCAUUGCUCAUACUGAAUGUGCUCAUCUUCGCCGGUGUUUACUAUCAACGUGACAAGACGCGCCUCAGUGAGCCGCGUGCGCAAACGAAGCUGAAGCGACAAGAAAACGGCCAAAUGCCAAAUAAUAUUUGCGGCGAUCUCGAAACCUUGACGAUACACACGAAAAACGAUCCGGCGACGAUACUUUCGCACCAUCAUGCGUUGCAACAUCAGCACCAGCUGCCGCCGCCCGAAUUCGCCGAUAUACCGCAUCGUGCACCGCCACCGCCGAAACAUAUGAAAUCACUGCAAGAUGCGAGCGGGAACAUGAGCAUGGGUGGCGCGCUAAAUGCGACGGCUGGCGCGUCAAGCGGCGGUGGUAUGCUGGCCGGUGGCGGUGUAGGUCCUGGUGGCAACGCUGCUGGUGUAGGCGGUGGCAUGGGUAGCGCUAGCGGCCAAGGUAGCAGCGGCUCCAGUGCUAGUGGAGGCGGUGUCAACAUGAUGGGCCAUAUGCAACCACCGCAUGCGCUGCAAGUGAUGGGCAAUCAAUGUGGCACACUCACCAAAAAAAGUUGUAUGAAACAAACGCAACAGCAGCAACAACAACAACAGCUCGUUGUUACCCAUCAACAGCAUUUGCAGAAUCAUCAUAAUCAAAGCAUGACGACGGCUUUAAUGGGUGGCGGUGGGGGUGGUGUUGGUCCACCGCCACCAUCAGUAGCUAGCGCACAAGCGCACACACAUGCCAGCGUGCAGCAGCAACAGCAACAACAUCAUCAACAACAAGCACAACUACAACAAAUUCAACAGCAUCCACUAAUGGAUGAAUUGCGAGUGUGACAUUAAUUAACAGUGCGUUUCAAAUGUGAUCUCUAGCGGUGAUUAAAUGAUUGUGAUGCGAAAUGAAGUGGAAACAGCGACCACACACAAUGCUACACACAGCUCGAUUAAAGUAUGUGUGUCGCUGUCUAUUUAUGAGUGUGUGUGAGUGAAAUUGUACGUAGUAGUACACUAUUACAUAGUGGAUAUGCGUGGAUUUAAUUGUGUGCGUAUGGCAAUUGUUGCGGCGCAUCAGCACAAAGCGUCUCUGGUGUUUAAUGACCAUUACGUAUGCGCUCUGUAAGCGUUUAUCGUUUCGUAUAUAUAUAUAUAUAUAUCUACAAAUGUGUGUGUGUAUGAACGCCAGUUCAUUUAGUAGCUAACCGAAAACGGGAUUACAUGACGUAGGCGCAUUUUGUUAAUUAUACAUUUAAUAGUAGUAGUAGUUAUAGUCUUCAAAAUUGGUAUAUGUGUAUAAACUAAGAGCAAGUAAACAAAUAUAUAAAGUCAUGGUGCUUGGCACCAAAACUAAAUAUUAUUUCACAAUUCUAACUACAGCCGUAUUUAGUAGGGAAUUUUAAAAUUUAAUAUUUGAUUGUCAUAAAAAAUGUUACCCAGCAAUCAAAUGUGUUGUAUAUACUGAAGCUAAAGUUAUAAAACUCUGAACGUGAAGAAUUAUUAGCAAUAUCUCAAGGGACGCAGUUGGUAUUCGAUCUGUUUUGUGUAAUUUACGCUUUUACUUUCCUGAAACAUAAAUAUUUCACCUACAUAUACUAUUAUUUAUUGCUUUAUAAAUAUGAUACUAAUAAAGUAUAUUCUGUCAAAUAAGUACCCGGAAAUUCUCAUUUUAAAUUUUCCCGCUGAGUGUUUGUGUUUAAACGAAAUUUCUUGUGCCAAAACGUUGGAAAUGUUGAAAAAAACAUUUGGUGAUUCAACCAUGUCGAAAACUCAAGUUUACGAUUGGUAUAAAUCGUUCAAAGAGGGACGAGAAGAAGUGAACGAUUUGCCACUUUCAGGACGGCCUUCGAACUCUUCAACCGAAUGAAACAUCGACAAAUUAAAGGAAAUGGUGCUCUAAAAUCGUCAUUAUAGUUUGCAGAGAUAGCCCAAAUAAUGGGCAUGUCUCAUGAGACCGCUCGUCAAUUUUGGUUGAUGUUUAGGGUAUGCGGAAAGUCGCAGCGCGAUUGGUGCCAAAAGAUCUGAAAAACGAACGAGUUUUUGAACCAAAAUUCAACAAAUAUCAGCAAACAACCACCGUACUCUCCAGUUAUGGCCCGUGUAACUUUUUCCUGUUUCCAAAACUCAAAUUACCACUUCGUGGAACCCGUUUUGAGAGCAUUGAAGACAUCAAUACUAACGCAACAAGAACUGAAGACCAUCCCGGAAUAAAGCUUUAAAAAGUGUUUCGAUGAAUGGAUUGUUCGUUGGAAGAAGUGUAUUGUCUCAGAAUGGGAGAAUUUAAGGGAAUAUAAUAAAUUUAGAUGAUUGAUAAGUUGUUUGUGUUUUAUUUCAAAUUUCCGGGUACUUUACAUUUCCGGGGAAUGUAUAUACAGGUUUUAUUCUAUUUAAAUGAAAUAUUUGCCUCAAAUUCGAGAUAAGCAGCUAUUCUGUGAUGUCGCAGAUUUGCUGCAGCUGCGGAAUAAUGUGCUGAAUGUUUGAAGUAGCCUUAAAUUGUGAUUGUUGCAGCACUCAUCUCUUAUUUUCAAGGAAUCUUUCUUGUAUUCUCAGUACGAGGGCUGCUAUAUAUAUUUUUGGCCUAAUAAUGAAAAUAGGAAUAUUUAUCAACGAAAAUGGUUUUAUUGUUUUUCAAAAUAAUCUCCAUCAAGAUUUAUGCACUUUUUCAUGCGCUCAAACCAAUUUCCGAAGCACUUUUUUUGAGCGAUUGUUAAAUUGUGCGAGAUCCAACGAGAAUGAACCUUUUUUACGGCCAGGUGUUCAUGCAAUACCGAAUGUAUGCUGGUGGGAGAAAUGCAUAGACAUGCAUAUACAUGACGGUCUUGCAUUAUCAAUUCACGUACGGCAUCGAUGUUUUCUGGCACAACGGCUCUUUUUGGACGACCUUCACGGAAUUCGUCUUUGAGCGAGCGUCGGCCACGAUUGAAUUCGUUGUACCAGUUUUUCACAGUGCUAUAGGAUGGUGCUUCAUAGCCAUACAAAGAUUUUAGUUCAUCGAUGCACUCUUGUCGCGAUAAUCCACGUGGAAAGUUGUGAAAAAUGAUCACACGAAAAUGUUCACGAGUUAAUUCCAUUUUUUGGUCGAGAUUAAUUAUUUAAUCCCCUGUAAAUAAAACAAUUCACGAUUAAAUGACAAAACGUUCUGAGUGAUGUUAUGCUAAAAAAUUUCAAACUUUCCAAUGGAAAUGUCAGAUUGCACCUGGCAACACUUAUACCCGAGACACACAUGUAGUAACAAUACCAUGAUAAAAGUAUUAUGGUAUUGUGUUUACUACGUACAUUGACACACAUCGAUUUGUAGUAAACUGAAAUACCAACUUUGUUUCACAGACAUGAGAUAUUUAAAAAAAAUGUAAAUAAUAAAUAUUUAUAUAUGUGUAAUGGAGAAAGCAAUUUUUAAAAUUACAAAAAAUUGGCAAAAAUAUGUAUUUUCUGCACAAAAAACAGAAGUAGUUGAAAUGUAUCUUAAAAGCCCGUCGCUUACAGGCAUCAAAAUAAGGUGAUACAUGACCCUGGCGUUUGAAUUAAAAAACUUGGGAAAAUUUUCAUAUUUUCCAUUUUAUUUAUUUAUUUUUGGAAAGUCAUUUUGACAAAAUAUUUUAAAAAGCUUUUGUAUAUAAGCUCCCUCCCAGGUUUCUUACCUAUUUUUAGCUGUGUUUAGUGAAAUACCACAAAAAAAUGCUGAUAUUGUUACCAGCAAAAUACUACAUUGCUCACAUGGUAAAGUGCUAGUAUUUGGUGACACACAUCUGGUAUUUGUACGAACAAUAGUAUUGUUACUACAUGUGUGUCUCGGGUAUUAGUGUUGCCUUCAUAUACUUUAGCAGCCAGUUGUUUGUCGAAAUUAUAUAAAACAUUUAUUUACUUUAUAAUAUUAAUAACACUGUCCAACAAAUGAAGACUUUUUGAAUGGAACAGAAUAGCGACCCCAGAAUUCUGAAAGGGUAUGUUGAGUAGAUAAUUUUUGUAGCACAAACUUAUGGUCCAGCACGUCUGAGUUUUUUUUUACAGUGAGUCAAAGUUUUCAUUUUUUGGUCGAAGGGAGCAUUAUACUAUAUGAAAAAAAUGUUGUAAGUUAAUGUCUGAGAGAAUUCUUAUGGUCAGAGUUGUAUUGUGGAAUUGUAUGAGGAUUAUUUUUGUGGAAGAUCUUACCCCUCUAACUGGUUUCUUUAUGGGUCAAUUUGACCCUUUUUUCGAGAAAAUCAAAAAAUAUCCUUUAAAAAAGGACAUUUAAGGAUUAAAAUAUUCUACGAAAAUGUUUGGCGGAAAAUUUCAGUGGAGGUCACCAAAGACACCAUUGUUGUAAAUAAAGCUCUUUACGAUUAAUUGACAAAAUUACACGCCAACAUAACAAAGUAGGUGAAAACGUCGUCAUGUUCGGCCGGGCCAAAUACUGAGUUCUCGCGUGUCAGCUGUGACUUACAAAUCGGGUGUGAUAAAAUUAAGCAUAAUUGACUUACUAAGCAGUACAUAUCGGGUGUGAUUUUUACUAAAAUUAAUAUAUAAAAAAAGAACUAAAGCUUAAAUAAGCAUGGCGGAUUCUGUUUGCAAAUUAAGAGAUUGGUUUUGUUUUAUUUGUGGACAUUUUACGCACCUUCAAAGCAGAAGAAAGAUAUUCCCUACAAUUGAAGAACCAUAUUUUCUUUUCUUUGGAAUACGAUUUUUUUGUGAAGCUUGGAUACCAGAAACUGUAUGUACUACUUGCGAAAGAGGUCUUUUGACCUGGUACAAAGGCGGUACUGACCCACUGUAAAAAAAACUCAGACGUGCUGGACCAUAAGUUUGUUCUACAAAAAUGAUCUACUCAACAUACCCUUUCAGAAUUAUAGGGUCUCUAUUCUGUUCCAAAAAUGCUGUUGGACAGUGUAAUUACGUCUGCCAUUAAAAUAAUUUUUUUUUUCUUCGGAACUCGAAAUUGUUAUCAUUACAACAUUAGAAGCUUUCCGUAUUUGUGUAAAUUAUUCUUCCAAAGACUGAUUAAUUGUGUAUAUAAUAAAUAUUUGAAGUUAGUGUGCAACAAAUACGAAAUUAGUGUGUAUAUGUAUGUAGGUUUAUAUGAACUAAUAAAUGUACAGUAGAUAUUUUAAUGUAUGUAAAUAACCAAAGAUCAUAGUAAUACUAAUACAUAAUGAACGUCGUUAGAGAAUUUUCACAAAAAUAAAACGUAAUCUAUUUAAUUGAAAGUAAAACUUUAGUUAUAAUCAUGCUCUAAUCUGAGACGGUGAAUGUGUAAGUGUGUGCGUGUCUGAAAACUGAAGAUAGCAAAAGUUUGUGCCAUUACACGCACAUAGAAAAACAAAUAAAUUGGUUUGGAAUUAUCAGCUAUCUAAAAAAAAUUAUUGCAUGAUAUUAAAAAAAUACUUUCAAAAAUGUAUAGCAUGUGAUUAAAAAUAAUUCUUUUAUAAUUAAAAUUCAUAUGUAUUUAUUGUUAAGCUUUAUUGUUGAAGGUAUUUGGAAAUAUUAUGGCUUAACUAAUUAGAAAUUUAUUCCUUUUAUAUAAAUUAUUUCAAUAUAAAGUUUUUUUAUUGUAAAUUUCAUUUGUGUUUUUUGUAACAUGAAUUUCACAUGGGGAAAAUCUCACAUCUUCGAAAAGUUUCCCGUGUUGUAACCGUAAUUUUGUUCAUGUAAAACAGUAAAAUUUGUUCGCAAAAUCAAUUGUGGGGAACAAGUAUAAAUAUUAACAAAUUAUUCAAAAUUAACAACUUUUUUUUUGAUAUGAACUAUGUCCUGGGCUGUAUGAAACCAUAGCUAAAUUAAUAUUCGGUGGGAUCUUUGUGUGGUGGAGGGUGCUUCAAAAUUCUUCAAGACUAUUUUAGCGUGUUUUAAGCGCAAGUGGAUGAUAUAAAGGUAGCAACGGAUCUAUUGCUUCGAAAUUUUAUCGGAUGCUAGCUGAAGAAGUUUCCUAGAAGAAGACGAGGUAGAAUCAUCUUGCUGAAGGAAUGCCCAAACUAUAUGAAAUCGAUACUAAAAUUCCUUGAAUCCCACUUUUUUAACUACUCUGCGAUUUGCGGAUUUAGAAGUAAAAGACUUAUGCAGAUUUUUAGUCGGUUCACUGCGCAUUGACGAGUACUAAUAUCUAUUUAGGGUUUUUCUGAGUUUACAAAGGCCUGUAGUUCAUAAGGUCUAAGUGUAUUCCUUCUCUUGUGGGGAACAGGUUUUGGUAGAAAAUCCUAAUAAAGCUCUCAAAGAAAAUAAGGAGAAAGUGCAUUCAUUUGAAAAGUAAUAUAAUUCCCUCGAUAUAAUGCGACCAUCAUCGAUAUCGAUUGGAGAAAAGAACAAGAUUGCUACCCAAUGUGCGUCCGAUUAAGUUCUUUUCGUACAUGAUGUUUUCAAAUACACCAUUAACACUUCUUCCGGGGUGUAGAACGCCAGUCGGGCCGGCACUGAUAAUUGUUAUGUGGAUAAUUCAUGUUUUUAUGGUAAAACAGUCGCAUUUUUAAAUUGAAUUUUCGUUUAUAGCUCCAAUAAAAAUAAUAAAAAACAUCAAAAAAUCAAAACAGACAGAAUGCCGAAAUUCUAAUAUAAUUU